GCCCCCCAGAGGCCCCUCCCGCGUCCCGCCCCUGCCCCCGCCCCGGGGCCGCGCGGCUGCCUGGGAGGCUCCGGGCCAGCAGCGGUCCAGAGCGCGCGAGGUUCGGGGAGCUCGGCCAGGCUGCUGGUACCUGCGUCGGCCCGGGGAGCAGGACAGGCUGCUUUGGUUUGUGACCUCCAGACAGACGGCCAUCCUCUCCAGAAUGAAGAUCUUCUUGCCAGUGCUGCUGGCUGCCCUUCUGGGUGUGGAGCGAGCCAGCUCGCUGAUGUGCUUCUCCUGCCUGAACCAGAAGAGCAAUCUGUACUGCCUGAAGCCGACCAUCUGCUCCGACCAGGACAACUACUGUGUGACCGUGUCUGCUAGUGCCGGCAUUGGGAAUCUCGUGACAUUUGGCCACAGCCUGAGCAAGACCUGUUCCCCGGCCUGCCCCAUCCCAGAAGGCGUCAAUGUUGGUGUGGCUUCCAUGGGCAUCAGCUGCUGCCAGAGCUUUCUGUGCAAUUUCAGCGCGGCCGACGGCGGGCUGCGGGCAAGUGCCACCCUGCUGGGCGCCGGGCUGCUGCUGAGCCUGCUGCCGGCCCUGCUGCGGUUCGGCCCCUGACCGCCCAGACCCUGUCCCUCGAUCCCCCAGCUCAGGAAGGAAAGCCCAGCCCUUUCUGGAUCCCACAGUGUAUGGGAGCCCCUGACUCGUCACGUGCCUGAUCUGUGCCCUUGGUCCCAGGUCAGGCCCACCCCCUGCACCUCCACCUGCCCCAGCCCCUGCCUCUGCCCCAAGUGGGGCCAGCUGCCCUCACUUCUGGGGUGGAUGAUGUGACCUUCCUUGGGGGACUGCGGAAGGGACGAGGGUUCCCUGGAGUCUUAUGGUCCAGCGCCAGGACUAAGUCCCAUGGACACGCUGACAGGGUCCCCAGGGAGACUGUCAGUAGGGAUGUGUGCCUGGCUGUGUACGUGGGUGUGCAGUGCACGUGAGAGCACGUGGCGGCUUCUGGGGGCCGUGUUUGGGGAGGGAGAUGUGCCAGCAGCCUGGAGAGCCUCAGUCCCUGUAGCCCCCUGCCCUGGCACAGCUGCAUGCACUUCAAGGGCAGCCUUUGGGGGUUGGGGUUUCUGCCGCUUCCAGGUCUAGGCCCUGCCCCAAAUCCAGCCAGUCCUGCCCCAGCCCACCCCCACACUGGAGCUCUCCUGCUGCUUUGGUGCCUCAAAUAAAUACAGAUGUCCCCCA